AUGUUUGCAGAUUCAGGGUUAAUGCUCCAUUACAUGCAAAACUGUUCUCCAGAUAUUCAACAAUUUGAAGACCUCUUCAAAUCAUACAAGCUAUCCGAUGAUGACAUGAACAACGCUUUUGCUGAGUCAUCACACAUACACGAGUAUGAUAUCGGAGAAGAAGGAGAUCUAUUCAAAGCCCCUGAUCCAAUUCUUGAAGAACCAGUCUUAGCCGUUGACCCACUCUCAGCUGCUUUAACCAUGAUCUCUUGCGGUGAAGACUCUUCCCAAGGGCUUUGUGAGCUUCCUGAUCUCGAUCUCGGGUCGUUACAAAGUGGUCAGCAGCUUCUUGACAAAGCUUUCUAUGAGUGUGAGCAAGAUCUCAUGAUGAAGUCAGCUAUGGAGUCUCCAUUCUCUGAUGUUUUAGACAUCAAAAACAUCUCUGAUGUCGGCUCUGAUGUUUUAGACAUCAAGAACGUCUCUGUGGUGGCAACUAUCGAUGAGAACCAGGAUAUGCAUAAGAGCGAAAGCUCAGGGAAUUUGAGCUCUAUGGAUUGGUCACAGGCACAACAAGAAGCUGUUGUGAUUCAGAACUUCCCUGAUUUUGCUCAGUUAGACUUUGGUUCUGCCUAUGGGAUGCGACGAGCCUUUAGUGAAGGCGACAUACAGCAGAAACUUGGUACUGGUCUAGCUCAAUCUCCAUUGGAUAGGAUUAUUGUGAGCUGUACUUCAGAGGAUCGUCGUGAGAAGCUUUCACGAUACAGGAACAAGAAGAGCAGGAGAAACUUUGGGCGCAAAAUCAAGUAUGCUUGUAGGAAAGCUCUUGCGGAUAACCAACCAAGGAUCCGAGGAAGGUUUGCUAAAACAGAGGAGAGGAAGUAA